UCCUCUUCUUCAGUAUCUCUCUUCUUCUCCGCUCUAGUUUCUAUCCGCAGUUGAUAUACACACACACACACACACACACACACACAUCGAUAUAUAUAUAUAUGUAUUUAUUAUAAGUACUCUCCUCAGAAAAAGAAAGAAAGAGAGGGAGAGUCAGAUAAGAUUUAUGGGGUAUAAUUCAUUCUUAAAGAGCCCAAAGAAGGAAGAACAGCAGGUCCCAGAUACAGCUCAUGAAUUCUGCAACACCGUCCAUGGAGAAACUGAUGACGUCAUGAAUGAACUCGAAGGCCUUUUGGGCAUUGAAAACGAUUUUGAACAUGACAAGUUAUUAUCAACUGAUCAUCAUAUUCAUCAUUAUCAUCAUCAUAUCAACCCACUGCAGUUAUAUCAUCAUUAUCAACAACAACUCAGUUGGGAUUUCAUAGAUUGGGAAGACUUCCCGAAUGGGACUGAGGAAGAAGAAGAAGAGGAAGAUGAGGAAGAUGAGUUAGAUGAAGAAAGAGAGCAGAAAGUUAAGGGGUGCCCUCUAGGUAAUGAACUAAUGUUGUUUGGAGGAGAAGAAAAUGUAAGUCCAGGUGGUUGUCAUAAUUACAGCGCUGAUAAUAACGAUGGUAAUUUGAAGAAAGAAGAAACGGGGUUUUGGGAUGAGAAGAAGAAGGUGGCUUUGAACCUUAAUUUGAAUUAUCAAGAAGUGCUUGAUGCUUGGUCUGAUCGUGGACCUUUAUGGGCUGAUACUGCUUCUUCGCUUUCCAUGGCAACCAAUUAUGGCUACUAUAUGGGAGAGGUGCCAGUGAUGGAAGAAGAUAGAGCAAGAAGAGAAGCAAGCGUUCUUAGAUACAAAGAGAAACGGCAGAGCAGAUUGUUCUCCAAGAAGAUAAGGUAUCAAGUCCGCAAACUCAACGCAGAUAAAAGACCCAGGCUUAAGGGUCGGUUUGUGAAGAGAGUAUCCUAACAGGAAAAGGAUGCGCAUCAUAGAAAUAUCUCCAAGAAAUAUCUUCUCUGUACACCUAUAUAUAUAUAUAUAUAUAUAUAUAUUCUGGACUUUUGGGCUUUUGAACUUUUCAAUGCCUUUAACUUUCUCAAUGACAAUAAAAUUAAAAAUAUCUUCUUGAUUCAAA